GCUCACUCGUUGGGGGCAGGACGCAAGGGGGAGAAACCUACAGGUGAUAGGGUUUCGGGUGGUGGAGUUGCGUUCCUAAGUGUAGCAGAGGGUCCAUAAGCUAGAAGUGAAAACUGGAGUCUGAAGGUUAGUUCUGGAGCAGAAGCGGGGAUACGCUAGAACAGGCCUUUACGCCCUACCCCGCUUUCCCGCGCGGAAUCCCAAAGGGGCGGGUGGUGUCGCAUGCGUGACGUCACUUGGAGGCGCCGCGCGCGGCCGGAGAAGUGACCUCCGGCGGCGUGAGUGGCUGUGCUGCUAUGCUGCAGUUAGUCCGGGUCGGGGUGCGGUCCUGGCUUUGGCCCACCGGCUGUCGGCUGAGGGCGGUGAACUCUCUGGCGGAUGAGGCACCGCGGGCGGCGGAGAAGCCAGAGCCAGUGGCAAAGUCAGAGCCGGUGGCGAGGACAGCUCUUCAGGCACCUGUCCUGCGCAAGUGCGAGCUCCCGGUACCCGCUCACCUGCGCCCAGUGCAGGCCUGGGUCGAGUCCUUGAAGGGCUACGAGCAGGAGCGAGUGGGCCUGGCUGAGCUGCAUCCCGACGUUUUCGCCACCGCGCCGAGGCUAGACAUCUUACACCAGGUUGCCAUUUGGCAGAAGAACUUCAAGAGAAUUAGUUAUGCCAAGACCAAGACUCGGGCUGAGGUGCGGGGUGGUGGCCGGAAGCCCUGGCCACAGAAGGGCACUGGGCGGGCCAGGCAUGGCAGCAUACGCUCCCCCAUCUGGCGAGGAGGAGGCGUUGCCCAUGGCCCCCGGGGCCCCACGAGUUACUACUACAUGCUGCCCAUGAAGGUGCGAGCACGGGGCCUCAAGAUAGCACUGACUGUGAAGCUGGCCCAGGACGACCUGCACAUUGUGGACUCCCUGGAGCUACCGACUGCAGACCCCCAGUACCUGACAGAGCUGGCCCGCUACCGCUGCUGGGGGGACUCGGUGCUCCUCGUGGACUUAGCUUACGAGGAGAUGCCACAGAACAUUGUGGAGGCUACCUCCAGGCUCAAGACCUUCAACCUGAUCCCUGCUGUGGGCCUGAACGUUCAUAGCAUGCUCAAGCACCAGACCCUGGUCCUGACAUUGCCCACCAUCGCUUUCCUGGAGGACAAGCUGCUCUGGCAGGACUCUCGCUACACACCCCUCUAUCCCUUCCGCCUGCCCUACCGAGACUUCGCCUGAUGGUUGCCCUCUGCCCAGCACUGCUGUCGAUGUUAGCCACUGGAAAACUUGGAGGCUUCACACCCACCUUGUGAGGGAGGUUCUACCUGGACCCCUUCAUCACGGGAAGCUGAAGCCACCCAGCGGUCAAGCAGACAUCACUACCAGGAUGGGACACUUUUGCAGAGAUCCCAGAAGGGCUUCUGCCUUCAUUCUCUUUCUUUUUUUAAUAAAUUUUGUUUUUUAAUCAAA